GCGCUGUACGCGGAGAUGCGGCGGAAGCACGCGGAGGAGGUUUGUAACGGUUAUAAGGCGCUUGUGGGGGAUAUUUUAGCGACGAUUGCGAGGAUGGAGGAAGUGCUGUCGAAGCAUCGGAAGCGAGUGAGCGCGGAAACGAUGAUGGAAGGCGUGGAUGAGACGGAUGAGGAGAAGAUGAAGCAUCAGCUGGUGCUGGAUGUGAAUGGGCUGCUACCGUAUAUGAACGAGUUGAAGUUGCCGGUGCCGGAGUCGUACGGAGAACUCGUGAAGAUGGUGAAGAGCGCGUAUGCGAAGAAAAAGUUGUGUGUUUGUUUGCAUCAAAGAAUUUUUCAUUCGUGUCCAUUUAGUGGUGUAGUACGAUGCGGGAAGAGGCAACAAAGAACGGCUACAGCGAGACGAAAGUGA